AUGCGUGCGACCUCCCCUCUCCUCCUGGCUCUCCUAGUCCUCCUGCUGCUCCCACCACCCACCAAGCCGAGGAAGGCAGGCCAGGGCAGGCGGCUCAAAGUAGGCAGACGCCUCCCCAGACAGGACAGGUAUGGAUGGAUACUAAGUUGUUUCUCUGAUUUUAUAUCUUACUCUUUUGAAGCACUAUGUUUAUUUGACUUUAAUAGGUGUUAUAAGUAAGUAUAUUUUAGCUGCAAAUAUUAUCUGUAUUAAUGAUGCUAAAAUGUAUUGUUCUCAUCAUUAGGGUGAGAGGUGGGGGGCGCCAGGGCAGGUCAGGAGACUCCAGGCAUCAGGUUCCUGAAUGCUCAGAGUACAGCGACUCUGGAGACCUCUUCGUGGACUGCCAAGGGAGAAAACUGUCCUCCAUCCCCACUGCCUUAUGUAAUUAUAAUGCGAUGUUCUAGUUUAUUUACUUUUUUAUGGUUUUACUGCCUAUAAAGAUCUUAUAGGGCCAGAUUUAGCCUACUCCUGGACAAAAAAAUCACUUUCAAUAGGGAUUCUUCACUGAGCACGCUUUUUAGUCCAGGACUGGAUUAAUCUAGUAUGAGGUCACUGGCGAGGGCCGAGUGUCUUGAAAAGUGCUUACAGUGCGUGUCUUUUGGUAGAGCAAAACGUUUUGUGGAUGGUACUGCGCUGCGUACAGAACUCAUCGCGCACUCAACGUCAUAGAGAUACAUUGAGUUUCCUUGUAGGCCUAUUUGGCAGGGAAACUGUAAAGCAAGUUGUAGCCUAUUGCCUAUUUCUGUUUAUGAGUCUUUUAUUAAAGAAUGUGAAAAAAAAGUGUUUAUUUGCUGCUUUUCAUUAAAUCACGUAGCUGUUCUUUAGGCUAUGGCCUAAUAUAAAUUGGUUCAUAUGGGCAGAAUAUUAUAUUUUGUAGCAUAGGCUACCGAAUUUAUGAAAAUAAACAGUUCAUGCGAAAAUAUUAGGAUAUGGUAAAAGGCCCACAUGUGGUUGUUUGAAUAAAAAAAGAUUAUUUGUCACAUGACAAUAGAAAUAGUAUCUCAGUCAGUCUGUUACUGGGCUCUCACCAUUAUAUUUGUCCUACCGCCUGGGCACAGACAUCAAUUCAACGUCUAUUCCACGUUGGUUCAACAUAAUUUCAUUGAAAUGGCAUGGAAAAACUUUGAUUCAACCAGUGUGUGUCCAGUAGGUAUGAUUAUUUACGUCAUUCGAAUUCCCCAAAUAAUUUUGUUCAUAAGCCCACUAGGCUACUCAUUUGUUGUCAUUAAAUAUCCUGAAUAAUAAAAAGUAAAAUACCAUUGGGUGGUUCCCAACCAGGGGUACUAGGACCACUGGGGGUACUUGCCCUAUCCACAGGGGGUACUUGAGAAGACUCUUGAGACCAUAGGCCUACUGUUAAAAUGCACAUGAGGGGGUACUUCAGGGCUACUCUGGGAAGAACAACAUUCAGUUUGUGGUACAGUAACCGAAAAAGGUUGGGAAUCACUGGCCUAGGCUAUCCUACAAAAUUGCACACAGAAGCCUACCUCGGUGUCCAAUCUGACGCACAGAAACAUGUGAAAACAUUAACUCAUUACAUUGAUGCUUUCUCUGUUAAAUAUUUUAGACCCUGCAGUAAAUCAAGCAAACAAAAGCAGAAAUACAUAAAUGUAGGCGUAUUGGAUUGGAUCCAAUGUGGAUCAAAGGUCUUCACUGGCGCAAUGAACAAAACAUCAACAUAUUCUGGACAUUCUUCCGAACACCAUUUUCAUGGACUGGCUGUUUUUGCAUCACGUGCUAUAUCAUUCAGAAAAAUAUUUCCUGGAUCAACUGACGAUGUUCGACAAUAUCACAAGGCCUAACUAAACAGCUGGAUAUAAUGCACAUCCAACAAGUAGGUCUAUUAGCCUUUGCAUAGCCUAUUGAAGAACCACGCAAUUUAGGUGACUUUCGGAUGGAAGCGUUCGAUUUUGCAUCGCAUACAUCAUUUGGGAUUUGUGUGCCCAUAAAAACAGUUUUUAUGGCGUAGCCUAAAAUACAAAUAUGAAUUGAUAAAGUGGUGCUGACUGCUAAUACAGAUAUGCGCAACAUCUCUUGGACUCAGCAAGACUUUUGUCCCGCUGAUGGCCCAUAAGGGGUGGGUUUCGUGUUCAGGUGUUUGAUUAGAAUUAAGCUUUCAGAACAUUUCACACCUAUCCUACUGGUCAAUCAGCUCACAGUCGUCUGGACACUUCCUAUCUGCAGUGCAGGGCAGUCAAGAUUUAAUUCAGUCUCCUUUUCAUAUCGAAAAAUUGAAAUUGGUAGCCUGUUGAUACAGACUUUACAUAGGCUAUUGAUGCCGAUAAAUGUAUUAGUCUGCUUAUGGAUUACAUUUGUCAAGUUAUUCACCCAACCCGAUUUUACUUAUUCUGUCUAAAAGGAAGGCAACAAAUGCAGCGCAUUUGUAUUUAUUUAUUUUAUACAAUAUUCUGCCCAUAUGAAGACAUUUUUAUAAAAUAUUCUGCCCAUAUGAACAAAUGUAUUUUGGGGCAUAAAUGAACACCUUCCUAAUAUUGAGUCGCCGAUAAAGGAGUUUACUUCUGCUGCAACCUUCGCUGUAAAAUAUAACACGUUGCGUCGGUGCUUUGCUUUAAAAGUGUUAUGGAAAUGAAACAUAAUAUCAUGAUCUUAUUGUUAGCCUGGUCACGGGCCCCAGACCACCUCCUGCUGGCCCGUAACCAUAUCUGGGCCCUCCGUGAUGGGGCCUUCUCUGGCUUCGAGGACCUGAGGAGCCUGGACCUGCAGCAGAACCAGAUCUCAGUGUUGGAGGAGGGGGCGUUCCUGGGCCUGAUCCGCCUUACCACCCUUCUGCUGCAGCACAACCGUCUGGGCACGCUCAGCGAGGAGGCUCUCAUCCCCAUGCCAGCCCUGCGCUACCUGCGUCUCCAUGACAACCCCUGGAGCUGCCGCUGCAUACUUGACAGUCUGGUUCGCACCCUGCAGGUGCCCAGUAACCGUAACCUGGGGAACCACGCCAGGUGGGUGGGAAUAGAAUGUGACACAGGGCUCAACAGAUGUGUCCCAGAUGACAUUUGUGGGCAUUGGUCAAAAGAAGUGCACUAUACUUCAUAUAAUGGACAACAGAAAUCUGUGUUCUCAUCUUAAUGUUGCUAUAGCACCUCCCUGUUUCAAAAUGUUUUCUCUACUGAACACAACCCAGGUGUGCGGAGCCAGUUGGGCUGAGGGGCAGGAAGCUGAGACAGGUGGACCCAGAGCUGCUAUGUCCGGAGCUGGACCCAGAUCCCCAGGGGGAGGAGCAGAGGAACUCCACAUACCCUCUGCAGCCCAGCCCCAUCAGGGGCAAGCCUGACGCCACCACCUCCUGCCAUACCUACCUGUUCCCCACACCCCGACUGGACUGCAGAAGCAGAGGUGAGGUCACAAACUAA